AUGGGCGCCGGCAGCCUCGACAGCCUUAUCGUCUCUCCCGCCGACUUCCAACUAUACAAUGGCCACCGACAGGUUCAUACCUUUGAGCUGCCACGCCCAACGGACGACCUGUCGACAACUCCCUUGGACUCCAACAUCUCGCCUCACGACCUUGUCGACUGGCUCAAUCAACCCUGUCCCCGAUCCGACCGAGACCAUGGUACGAUGAAACUGGUUCUUCUCCAGACUCGCAACCAAUCGACGGCCAAAAAGGCACCGAGUGUGUCUUCACCACCACCUGCAUAUUUCCCUUACCCAGCACCUAAUGAAACCAAGCAACGUCAAACAGAUGUCGACUUCGUCCUCGACCUUCUCCAAGGCAUGGAUCUUCCUCUAGCCUCGUUCGGUAGCUACCUUCGAGGCCACAUCACGUUCGUUUGUAUUCCGGCCACCUACACCACAAACAACACUUCUUCAUCAACAAAUAUAACUUCUAGAUGCACGAAAUAUUAUUGCAGUGGAACGAGUUGGACGAUAACGUGGUCGUUCUGUCCUAUAUUCAAGCAUACGUCGGCCAUCAUGUGGCAUAGAGAAGGGGAUGGCGACCAGAGAAAGACCGAAGUACUCGCGGACCUCGUCCGACUGCAACAACACCUUGCGCACCCAAUGCUUCUGGGUUUCGUCAAGACCAAGAUCUCACUGAGUUUCACGUUCGAUAUGCUCGACGAUAUGAACCGCGAGACCCUCGAACUCGAGCAGGCCAUCGGCUUUCCUACGUGGAACUGGAUGCUUGACCGCGCCGAGCCUGGCCGUGGCGUAGGCGACGCCCUGGACCAGGCUGUCGAGGGAUUCAAUCUGCUCUCGGGAAAAUUAACCAACAUCAAAUUCCGACUACGGACAUUCCAGCAGCAGAUAAAGUUCAUAUCGAGAUGCAAUGCGGGCUACCGAUUGAGUCUGGACGGCCAAGCGACCAAUUUUGAAAGUUUGAUGCGUGAAUGUGACGAGUUGCAGUUAUACAUGGACGUCAUGUGGGACUAUACUUUUGUCCAUCUCUUUGACGCCGACUCCCUGACCGAACGUCUUCAAAACGCCAUGAACUCAGUGUUUCAACUCACGACGCAACGCGACUCGCGCGCCAGCUUGGCAAUCGCCGACAUCAACAACGAACUGGCGUGGCAGGGGCGCAACAACAAUACGGCCAUGAUGACCAUAGCUUUCAUAUCGCUUUUGUUCCUGCCCGGUACGUUUGUCGCGUCGUUCUUCCAGACGCCCAUUUUCAAUUUCCCUUCUCCGCCGCCGCCGCAAGAUGGGGGCAACGGCAACGUCAUCGUGGCGCGUCCGUUCUGGAUCUAUUGGACCGUCAGUGGUGUCUUGACCCUGGUCCUGGGGGCAGGGUGGAUCAAGUAUCUCCGUCGUCGGCGUGAGGUGGAUAUGCAGGAGCGCGAGUUUGAAAGAGUGCAGUUUAGAGAGAGGAUCAGACGACGAGGUGUGGCUGCGUUUGUACUCGAGAGACGAACCGGGAGACGUGGCUGGGGAGGGAUAUGGGGAGGAGGAGGAGGAGGUGGUGGUGGUGGUUAUGAUGUCGGUGGUGGUAUCGGUGGAAGGGGAGGUGGAGGAGGAGUAGGAAGUGGUGUUGGUGGUGGUGAUGGUAACGGUGUGCGGCAAGUUGACGCAACCGAGAGUCAAAUUGGUACUACCGCUAAUACCACCACCACCAUGCGUCCGUCAAGAAACCACCAUGACCGUGAAUACGGAGGAACGACGACGAUGCAAGAGUGUGGAUUGUUCUCACGGGGAGGGAGGAGGAUGAGGAGGAGGAGGAAUGAUCCCCCUGACGGCAACGACAACGACGCUGGCCGGAGGCGAGGUACUACUCUCCGUACUCGUCCUCGCAGUCGUACCUGUACCGACUGGUUCGGAACCCGAACAAGAGAUAACCACGACGAAGUCGAUGGGAUCAAGAUGUACGGGUACAACAACGACGACGACAAUAACGCCCCGUCAACGCGGACGUGGUGA